AGGCUUUCCGCAACGCUUUCAAGGCGAGCAACCAGCACAUCAGCGAGGACCGGGGGGGGGCGCUGGAGGACCUCAUCCUCUCCCUCGACGCCGACGGCACUGGCAAGAUCGAGUACACCGAGUGGUUGGCGGCAACUAUGAAGGACCGCAGAGCGCCGCCGCGGAGAAGGCGCUGCAGGAGGUCUUCCAGUUCUUGGACAUGGACAACUCGGGGCGCAUCUCGCGCGCCGAGCUGUGCCAGGUGCUGGGAGACGAGGAGGCCGAGAAGAUGCUGGCGCAGCUCUUGCCGCGCAGGGACCGGUCCGCCUCCAGCGCGCCCGGUGACACCCAGGGCCAGAGGCAGGACAGGGGUGGCUCCGACCACGACGGCGAGGUCGGCGACAGCGACGACCGAGGACGACGAGAGCUCCGACGAGGACGACGAGGGCAACUCCAUAGGUUUUGAGGACUUCAAGAAGCUGAUUACCAGGGUUGCCGCUGCAAGGCUCCAGGAGUAGCCUGCGGAUCCACCGAGCGUUGCUUUCUGAUGCUCGCCGGCCGCGGCCCUCGCGAAGAGUGCCCGGCCGGCCACCCAUUGUCUCCAGCGACUCGGACCCCGGCGGAACCCGCGGGCCCCUGGCCGCCUCGCAGAACGUGCGCGCGAGCAGCGCUGCAGCCACGGGGCCGAGCGGGCACAGGCCCUGGCAUGUACCCGCUCGAGCUUGCCCCGCCUGCCAGGCCCGCUCCCCUUUCUUCAUGGUGCUCCAGCCUACUUUUGCCUUGACAGCCUACCCGCGCUUCGCCUCCCCCCCCCCCUUUCCAGUGACACCCGAAAGGCGCGGACUGAAGGCCACUCGUGCCGCACAGGACCGCUGGGUAUUUUGUGCAGCCGGCUCUCUCGCGCCGGGAGCGCCCUGCCGUUUGUAGAAUUUCUGCGGGCAGACCCCUGCGGAGUUUGUGAUCCCUUGUGGAGCACGUUCUCGAGGGCA